UUCAAAUCAAUAUGGCUUUUUCUUCUUCUUCCACUACCAAAAUGUCCCUGAAACUUCUCAUAGAUACAAAGAAUGACAAAGUUCUCUUUGCUGAAGCUUCAAAAGCUGUCAUAGAUUUUCUGUUCAACUUGCUAUGCUUGCCAAUCGGUACAGUAGUUAAGCUCCUAACCACAAAUGGCAUGGUUGGUAGCUUAGGAAAUCUGUAUCAGAGUGUUGAAAAUCUCAACCAAAAUUACAUUCAACCAAACCAAACUAAAGAUGUUCUGUUAAACCCAACAGCUCAAAGCUCUUCAACUCAUGAAAUCGAUGGCUUCCUUACCCACAAGUACAACAGUGACAGUCACAGUAACAGUGACAGUGACGAUGAUGACGAUGACGACGAUGAAGGGACUAAGUUAUACAUGUGCCCAACUAAAUGUUGUUUUCAGGUGGCAUAUGAUAUAACUAGAUGUAGUCGUUGCUCUAAGUAUAUGAACCAUGAAGUACGUUAUGUUGGAAAUAGAAAGGUUGCUGAUGAGAAGAAAGCUUGGAAUGUUAAGAGUGGUUUUGUGAAAGAUGUUAUAACUUUUAUGGUGAUGGAUGAUUUGGUUAUUCAACCCAUGUCAACAAUUUCUAGCAUCACACUGUUGAACAAAUUCAAUGUCAAAGAAAUUGGUACCUUACAAGAAAAGGUGGUUGAGUUGGGCAUGGAUGAGGGUAUCAAGUUGCUAAAGGCUUCUCUGCAAUCCAAGCGUGUUUUGACUAGUGUUUUUCUCAAGAAGAAAUAUUGAUAUGCAAGGAAUAACAAGAAGGAUCUUUCAUUUAUCAUUUAUUAAUCUAGUUUAUUUUGGAAAGGUUUUAUGAAUCUACUAGUUGUUUUGAGAACAUGGGAUUUUGGCUUCUUGUCUUUCUAGUAUAUUAGUACUGUUUAAAAUUUUGCAUGCAAUGCUUUCUACUUUGUUCUGAAUGAU